AUGAGCUCAAAUCUGGACGAAUACGAGGACUUGGACGACCUUCUUGAAGAUGCUUCAAAAUUGGAUGAAGAGGCGACUUCUGCGAACGUGCAACGAGCCGAAACGGCCAAGAAAACAAGUAGUAAAGAAGAUACCGAGAUGAAUGAGGUUAUUGACGAUUUGCAAGGUGAAUUCAGCAAAUUGAUGCGUGAAAAUGGAUCAGUGGACUCUGCGGACAACGCCAAGACUACAGAAAAUUUCAAGGAGCUACUCACAGCGCUUCGAGAUGCUGGAUCCAGCUCUGAAACGAAACCCGAUAUCACUACUGAAGGUGAGGCUCCGGGAUUCAAAGACAUCGUAUCCAAUACCCUGGACCGACUCAAAGAAGGAGGUACCAAAGUAGACACGAAUUUGAUGGAAGAGAAAAAAAAGGGCAAUUCUGACGAUAUUUUGUCGCAGUUGUUGAAUCAACUGGUGGAUGGUGGUGAGGGGGUUGACGGAGACGAUGAAGAAGGCGUAGAAAAUGCGAUCCAAAGUAUGUUAAAUCAGAUGUCUUCGAAAGAGGUGCUAUACCAGCCGAUGAAAGAUAUGCAGGCAGAAUUUGGGAGCUGGAUGGCCGUGAACGAGACGCUUGAAGAGCACGCCCAAAAAAUCGGUACGUACCGGGACCAAUUUGCACUGGUGAACCAGAUUGUGGCUAUUUAUGAAACAGAGGGCUACGCAGACUCGACGGCGCGUGCUGAGAUUGGCGAGCUGUUGGACCGUUUGGAGCAAUUGGGCGAUUCGCCUGUGAGUAAAGGUUUCAAUAGCUCGGACACCGCACCUGAUCUGAGUAAACUUUUGGAAGUCGCCGAUGGCGAGGAGUUGCCCGAAAACUUGGAUAAGGAAUUAGAAGAUACAUGCAAACAGCAGUAG